UAGAAAAUAUAGUAUUAACACAAGUUUAUAAAUUUUAAUAUAAAUAAAAUGAGUCUGUCCCGUAUAGAAAUUGCAAAAAUAAUAUCGAUUUUGAUUACUCCGGUUAUGAUUGUUUUGAGUGUAUUACAAUCACUUUAUAAUAAAUUUCUUAGGUCCGAAAAUGUUAAAAGUAUUGCUGGUGAAAUUGCAGUGGUUACCGGCGGAGGAGGUGGUCUUGGUAGAGCAAUUUCCAUGGAACUCGCAAAACAUGGUUGCCAUGUUGCAGUCGUCGAUAUUAACUAUGAAGAAGCACAAAAAACAGUUCAAUUAAUCAAUGAAAAUUAUAAAGUGAACACAAAAGCUUAUAAGAUUGAUAUCACAAGUUACGACGAAGUAGUGAGACUUAAUAAAAUCAUUACUGAUGACCUAGGUAAAGCCACUAUUUUAGUAAACAAUGCCGGCAUUAUAGCAUUUUCAGAUAUUUUUAAGCCAGACCCCAUUGAAAUACAAAGAAUGAUUAACGUAAAUUUGACUUCACAUAUUUGGACAAAACGUGUUUUUCUCGAAAAUAUGAAAGAAGUCGGUAAAGGUCAUAUUGUUGCUAUAUGUUCUACAGGAGGUUUGGGUCCUUUUCCACUUUCAUCUGUAUAUUGCAGUACAAAAUAUGGAGUUCGUGGCUUUAUGCGCACCUUAAGAGUUGAAUUAAGAAUGGAUGAAAAGUGUAGAGAUAUAAAAACAACAACAGUCUUUCCAACAGUAAUGGAUACAAAUUCAGGUGUCUUAGAUGAUUUAAAUAAAUGCAACUGGAAUACAGUAUUUCAAAUACAGAGUGGUGUUUCAGUGGCUUAUCGUAUUAUUCAAGGUAUGCUUCGAAACGAGGUGAAUAUUGGUGUACCUGCUUUAGAAAUUCCUUACAUGAAAUGCAUUGAGUUUUGGCCGGCGGAAAUAAUUGAUCGAAUGAUGGCACACACAUUUUUAAGCGCCUUAAAAAAAUCUUUAGGGAAACAAUUCAAGUGAAGACUGAGUUCUUAUAAAAAUCAACUCACGACAUUCAUGAUGUUAAACAAUACAAGUAAAAUC